CGCCUGCUGCUCCUUCCAGGGAAUAACGUGUGAACAGUCUGAACAGUUUUCCUCAGAGACGUCUGCUGAAGAAACCAGUCAUAUACUGAGCUUGUUGCAGAAAUGCCUCAGCUGUCUGUCCUGCUGCCUCUGACAGGCCUUUUCUUCCUGCUCUCCUCAGUACUUGGCUCAGAAGUUAAUGCUACUGUUUUCCACUCAGUGCCCUAUCCAGUGACCUGUACAACACGUGGCGCAGACCUGACCCAGGACACCCUGGUGGUUUUAUGUCCACCACAGUGCACACAGUGGAGGACGUCUGUGUUUGGGACAGGAGUCUAUGCUGCUGUCUCAUCCAUCUGUGGAGCUGCAGUCCACAGAGGUAUCCUGGGCCCAGCUGGGGGCCCUGUUAGGGUUCAUAGGCUGCAGGGACGGCACAACUACAUCAGCUCGUAUGCCCACGGUAUACACUCACAGGCCCUGUCUCACUGGACCGCCUCCUUCAGCCUCACCAAGCCAAUUAACGUUCCACAGGAGCUGACCAGCGAGACCAGUACCACAGCUCUUCCUGCAGCUGCGCGACCAGUAAAGAAACUGCUGAAGAAGCCAUCAGUGAAAAAAGCCCUGGCAGGUGGGAAUAAAGAUUGUCAGAUGGACAUUGCGAUGGUGAUUGACAGCAGCAGCAAUAUUGGGCAGCGGAGGUUUAACCUGCAGAAGAACUUUAUUGCCAAACUGGCAGCCAUGCUAAGAGUUGGACCAAUAGGACCUCAUAUUGGUUUAAUACAGGCCAGUGACUCUCCCAGGACAGAGUUCCUACUGACUAACUACACUCAACCUAAAGAGCUGUUGUUUGCUAUCAAGGAGCUGGCCUACCUAGGAGGAGACUCCAAUACAGGUAAAGCCAUCAUGCAUACAGCAGAGACCUUUUUCUCCCAGGAGAAUGGGGGGAGAAGGGGUCACCCCCGGGUCAUGAUGGUGUUAAUUGAUGGCUGGCCAUCUGAUGACCUGGACCAGGCGGCCAUGUUGGCCAGAGAGAGUGGGAUCAAUGUCUUUCUGGUGUCUGUGGCCAAACCAGCGCCUGAAGAGCUCAGCAUGGUUCGAGACAAAGACUUCAUGAAGAAGGCUGUGUGUAAAGAUAACGGUUUCUUCAGUUAUCCAAUCCCCAGCUGGUUCAGCACCACCAAACACAUCAGACCUCUCACUCAGAGACUCUGUUCACUAGACGGCCUGCUCUGUAGUAAAACCUGUUACAAUUCUGUGAACAUCGGCUUUCUCAUCGACGGUUCGUCUAGCGUUGGGGAUGGAAACUUCCAACUUGUCCUGGAAUUCCUAGCAGGAAUUGCAAGAAGCUUUGAAGUCUCUGAUGUGGGAGCUCACAUUGGUGCAGUGCAGUUCACCUAUGAGCAGAGGCUAGAGUUUGGCCUGUCUGACUACUCAAACAAGGACGAUGCCAUCAAUGCUCUGAGAAGGAUCUCCUACAUGAGUGGAGGAACAUCGACUGGUUCAGCCAUAAGCUACACCACUCAGAACCUGUUCAGGCGAACAGGACCGGGUCGUAAUUUUCUCAUAGUGGUGACAGAUGGCCAAUCAUACGAUGACGUCAGAGGCCCAGCAAUGGCUGCACAUAAGCAAGGCAUUACCAUCUUCUCAGUGGGCGUGGCGUGGGCACCCCUAGAUGAUCUCAAAGCGAUGUCAUCAGAGCCAAAGGACACCCACACUUUCUUCACCAGAGAGUUCAGCGGCCUUUCUGAGUUUAUCCCACCACUGGUCCGAGGCAUUUGCAGAGACUUCACUGAGAAUAACUGAGAACACACACAAGGGUUUGUAUUUCUUUACUUGUGAGGAGCCUUACCUUGUUGUUCAUCCUCAUUAGAAAGCGCUGAUUAAAGUCACAUUAACGACCAUUACAUUCACAUAAACACUCUCAGAACAACAUGCUUAUCUACAGUGACAAAAGUUUCUACAGUAACAUCUUUUAUAUAUCUUAUUUCUUAUAUUCUUUUACACUGUGUACUCAGACGUAAAGAAACAGACAUGUUGAAGGACAAUGGAUUUUCCUACAAUUUCCUACACAAAGUGUCCAACACUUGUUUUUUGUGACUACAACCACUUAUUUAAAUGUAUAAUCUCUAUUAAAUCAAUUAUGUUACCUGAACUGAUUUGCUCACACCGACACUUAACAGCAUACUUUAACUGAUAUUGUUUGCACCUAAAGUAUGAAAACCCCACCACCUAUUUACUACAAGACACAGCUCUCUAUGAAAUCAUGAACAUCCCCCCCAGCACAUUAUAACAGUGCAAUGGUUCAAAGUUUCACGAGCUAAAUAAUGACUCAAUGCCUUAAAAAUACACUUCUCCUUAUAAAACUUGCCAUUAGCUAAACCAAUCAUAAAUUCAAGAACAUACAUACAUACAUCUGUAUAUAUACUGUACACAUUUAUUUUCAAAUACAGAAAACACAUUAAUGUACAUAAAGAACUCUUACACAUUAAAAUAUUAUUUCUAUUUACAUUUUUCAACAAGCUGUUGGAAAAUCAUUCAAAAAUCAACUAAUUAAUAACAAUAAUUAGUUGUCUAUGUGAAAAUAUCAGUAACUCCUCACAAUGACAAGUCUAAUCUGAAGCCAUAACCAUUACAGUGUGUAGCUAUAAUUAAAAUGGAAUUUUAAAAAAGCUAUAUGAAGGCAGAAAACAAUGUGAAAGAAAAUUGCUAAACAAUAAUCUUCGAUCAGGUUUGAUUGUUUGAGAAAAAUGCUAGCUUUGUGCUAUAAAAGUUUUAAAAUAGGUUUGAGCUAUUGAGGGUAAACGUAAUAUAUUUAUAAUCCAUGAAAUACAUUAAAUGCAGCAUUAUACUACAUUUUAAGCCCAAAAUACAAUCCCCAUUGUUAACUAACAUUUACAUGAAAUAGGCCUUCUAAUUUUGAGUAAAAAGAAUACUUUUCAAAGGUUACUUUGUAAAUAUGUUUUUUUUUUUUAAAUAUAUAUCACGGGUAAUCCACUAGCAUUGGUUUGUACAUUCAUGUUUAUAUCACAAAGCUGCUAAGAGACUAUUCUGGAAUAUUUUCUAACAGCUAACAGUUUGUAGACAGAGCAGCUCUCCUGAUGAAUGUUUGUCUUGAAAAGCUUGCCAGGGGUGAAAGCUUUGCACAGCAGUCAUUUCCUGCAGGAAGGUGUAUAAAAUCCUCUAGUUUUUUUUUCUAUUUUUUCUUUGUCUGAUUUGUAGCAUCAACUUUUUAUGUAGACUAACCCAUGUUUUUAACUCACACUCUCAGCCUUGCUCCAAUAUGAUUACAUGACUUUCUUUUGGUAUAUGUUUUACUGGUGAUUUUUUGUUAAAUUCUGC